CAGAGGCAGCGGGGCCUAGCAGACAAAAUCAGGACGUGACAUCAUUACAGGAAGAGAAGCCAAACAACAUUUCUUUCUGUUUUAUCGGGUCCUUUCUGCUUUUUCUCAGGCAUAUUUCAAGUGGCCGGGUUUGCCGAUGAUUGAGAGAGGAGUUAAAGUUUCUUCAGAGGAGAAAUCCAGUGUGAUCCAUGUCCUCUGGGAGAUAAGUGGAGGCAGAGGAAUUCUCUCGAGCGUUCCCACAGAUCCCCACAGCAUUCCAAGCGUUCAAAGCGGGCCGUCAGCCAGAAACGUCAAAUCAAGAUCAAAACGUCAAAUCAAGAAGGUCAAAACUUCUUCUCGUCCAUCCAUCCUAAUCAUCACUGGCACAGUUUCCACUGUUGGCACAGUGUAAAGGGACAUGGCUCUGUGCCUGGGGCAGGUCUUCAGCAAAGACAAGACCUUCAGGCCUCGAAAGCGUUUUGAGCCAGGCACCCAGCGCUUUGAGCUGUAUAAGAGAGCGCAGGCAUCACUGAAGUCCGGCCUGGACCUCAGGAAGGUGGUGCAGUUGCCCGAAGGAGAGAACAUUAAUGACUGGAUCGCCGUGCAUGUCGUGGACUUCUUUAACCGCAUCAACUUGAUCUAUGGAACAGUCAGUGAGUUCUGCACAGAGAGGAGCUGCCCUGUGAUGUCCGGAGGCCCUCGCUAUGAGUACAGAUGGCAGGAUGGGGGCCAUUACAAGAAGCCCACCAAACUACCAGCCCUAAAGUACAUGAACCUGUUGAUGGACUGGAUUGAAGCACUCAUCAACAAUGAAGACAUCUUCCCAACACGCGUAGGGGUUCCUUUUCCUAAGAACUUCCAGCAGGUGUGUAAAAAGAUCCUAAGCCGGCUUUUCCGCGUAUUUGUGCACGUGUACAUCCACCACUUCGACAGCAUCUGCAACAUGGGAGCAGAGGCGCAUGUCAAUACCUGCUACAAGCACUACUACUUCUUCAUCUCUGAGUUCAGUCUCAUCGAUCACUUGGAACUAGAGCCACUGAGACCCAUGACGGAGAAGAUCUGCAACUGAUAAAAAUGGACAGUGAAGAAAUUCUUAAAGCCUAACUAAGUGCUUUCUGAUGGAACAGUGGAUUAAACAUCUUGAGUAUUUAAGCCAAAGGAACAAUGUAUUCAGGAUCUUGUUGUUUUAGGAUCUCAUCCUUUCCUCAAAUGAGACAAGCAGAUGAAUAGCUGUGGCAGACUUGAUAUUUCAAGAAUGGCCAUGGGUUUUUGGGUCCAAUGCUAUCUGUGCCAAAAUCCUAUUUCUUUCCAUUCAUUUUAGGAUCUGUGCUUACGCAUCAGUCUUCAAAUGGCAAAAAUGCACUCGAAAUGUAUAGUAUUGUAAUAGUUGGCGUGUCUUUUUGGCGUCAAAUUGUACUUGGAAUAUGGCUUUUGUUAAAAAAUGUUGCCUGACGAAACCUUUUUUAUGUGAAAGACUGAUAGAAAAUUUUUGCUGCAUAUUUACAUUUCUGAACAUCGGAGAUGUGUCGUGAACAUGUUCUGUGUUAUAACGUAUUUCUCUGAGGUUGAGUCCAGCUGGGCAUGUUAAACAGCUGAGGUUCCAGGGCAAGUUUGAAAUGCAACUGUUUCGUCUGUCUUGUGAAAGUGCCACAGCCCAAGGGGUGGACAGAAAGGCCCUUCCUUGUAUUUUCACUCCUAUGAAAAGGCUUUGUGUGGGUUUCACUGUAUUUAAUUUGUGCAUGCUUUUAGAGACAUAUGUAUGAAAUAAUUUUCCAAAGAACAUCUCCCUCUGUCAAACCGGCUGAGCUGCCAAAAGAAUGGGAAAGUACAAAUCGCAUGACUCGCCUUUUUGUGGUUAGUUUGAAAGUGGAGUUGAUUGUACUUCUGCUAGAAUGCCAAUAUGUGGAUCUGAAUCUUCCCAUUUUACUUCUAUUUUACUUGCUCAUUUCUCUGUUUUCUCGAACGUGCAAUGUGCAAAUUAAGCAAAAGGGCUUUAUGACUUUCCUCUCGUAACGAGAAAUACUACAUUACACUAUAUUAUAUAUUAUACAUAUUACAACAAUUGCAACAUUAAAUUCACUUAAUGAAUUAGACUUUGAAGGCUGAAUCUCAAAUGGCUCUGUACUCCCUAUAUAGUGCACUACAUAAUUCACAAAAGUAUGGCUUUACAAUGAAGUAGUGCUUUAAAUCUGUAACAGGGAGAUGUGCAGCCUAUGGUCUUUAUGUGACCGCAGUCUUUUUAUUGGUUGAUCAUUUAAUAGAAUGAUUCCUUCUUUAUCUUGUCAUAAACAAAAACAAGCAUGGCAGCUGACGAGAUAGAUGCUCACCAUCUCCAAAACCUACGGAGCCCGGCUGGUGACAUCCUGUAUAAAUAAAAAUAAUGCAUGGCCAUCCUGAUUAACGUGUCGGAACGAGAUAAUUUAGUGGCCACAACUUAGUAAAGCAUUGGAAUGAUAUCAUGCCUUAUUAAGCUGUGGCCAAGGCUUAAUAAUCUCAUUCCCACACCUCACU